AACUCAUCCCCUGUGUUGCCACGGGUAAAAUCAUGUAUGCAGAUAGUCAUCCAGCUAAAGGACGCUAGGCAAAUAAAUGUAGGGACAGUGUUUGGUUUGCGGAAGUUAUUCUAGUUGUCGUUUCUAUGGUAAUGGGACGCAUAUGCCCUUGUGGCGGAAGUGUGGUCUGGCUGCUCUCGCCCUGGAUAUGGCAGUCAAUUUUUCACGGACAUGUCUUCUGUAUUUCGCGCUUUCCCUUACUACAGCGCUAGUAUCUCAGUCAUACGGAGACCAAGGAGAGUUUAGCCCCGGACAGGCCUCCCUGCCGGUCGGGAGCAUCGCUGCCACUCGGAGGUACUUGCUAUAUGAUGUUAAUCCCCCUGAGGGAUUUAAUUUGCGUAGGGAUGUAUAUAUUCGAAUGGCCUCUCUCCUUAAGACCUUGCUGAAGAGUUCUGACUGGGUAUUAGUUCUUCCCCCUUGGGGCCGUCUCUAUCACUGGCAGAGUCCUGACAUUCACCAGGUCCGUAUUCCAUGGGUUGAAUUCUUUAAUCUUGGAAGCCUUAACAAAAAUAUCCCAGUCAUUGAGUAUGAAGACUUCUUAGCAGAAUCUGGAGGACCUUUUAUUGAGCAGGUGUAUGUUCUGCAAGGUUACGCUGAGGGGUGGACUUCGGGCAUAUGGGAAGAGAAGGUGGACCAAAGGCCAUGUAUCGACAAGCUCAUGUACUCAGAAGACAAGCAUGGCUACUACAGGGGCUGGUUUUGGGGCUAUGAAGAAACCAGAGGAUUGAAUGUUACAUGCCUGUCAGUUCAGGGCUCAGCAUCUAUUAUGGCUUCAGUUCUACUGGAAAACACUACAGCAAGAUCCAUAAUGCUUGACAGAGCAGAAAACCUUCUGCAUGAUCAUUAUGGAGGCAAAGACUACUGGGAUACACGGCGCAGCAUGGUGUUUGCACAACAUCUACGAGUGGUGGGAGAUGAAUUCCGUGACAACUUUCUCCAAUCAAAUGAUGAAGCUGAUAAGACCAUUUUUCAAGAUGACUGGACCAAGGUGAAGAUAAAGCCAAGUACCCCACUUGGGGGUCCUUACCUUGGAGUCCACCUAAGGAGAAAAGAUUUCAUUUGGGGACACAGGGAGGAUGUGCCGAGUUUGCAGAGGGCAUCAGAUGAAAUCCACUCUCUCCUGAAGAAAUUAAAACUCAAGAGAGUCUUUAUUGCUACCGAUGCUGAUCAAGAAGAUCUUGAAGAGCUGAGGAAGCUAAUCCCUGAAAUGAUUCGAUACGAACCUACGUGGGAGGAACUGGAGUUGUAUAAGGAUGGCGGUGUGGCAAUUAUAGACCAGUGGAUCUGCGCUCAUGCCAGGUAUUUUAUUGGUACUUCUGUGUCUACCUUCUCCUUCCGUAUUCAUGAGGAACGAGAAAUUCUGGGCUUUGACCCAAAGACCACCUACAACCGAUUCUGUGGCGAAAAGGAGAAGAACUGUGAACAGCCCACCCACUGGAAAAUUGUAUACUGAAUAGCAGUAACAAGAUUCGACCAGGAUAAACUACACCUGAGCAUUUGCCACCUAGUCACAAACUGCUGCCUCUCCAGACCAAGUGCUGAUGUUUAUAUAAAGCAGCUCAUCACCAGCAUACAUUGGAAUUCUGAUACUGCUACUCUUCAGCAUUUCAACAUUGGUUUAUUCCUUAGUUGCGUGAGGCAAAAGUGGAAUGUCAUUAAAUGUUAAUAUAAUGUUAUAUGCUAUUGCAGAGAAAUACAAGUAUUGUAUAUCAGUUUAUGGAAGAUAGAAGGCACACUAGACUUGUGAAAUAUGUUUUUAAUUGUGCCCAGAAUAUCUUACUGUGUUAUUUAAGCCAAAGUUGUCCUUUCUGGGGAGCCUUGUUUUUGUGGGAUUAGGGUGUCAUAAAAAAAAUGCACUAAUAAAAUGACUGUGGAAAAUGGUGCAUACGAAUCUCCAGGGUAGGAAAAAUAAUUGGCAGCAGUAGCAAGAGUACUAGAUAGGGACUCUGCUUUGAAGAGAUGCAUUUAUCUUAGGCUCCAAGUGAUGGUUAGUGGUUCCUUUAUAGGUAUAUCUUGAGGUUCAAUUAUGUGUAAAGCUAGCUGUAAGAGUUCAAUCACUAAAUCUGGAAAACACUGCCAUAGGCUUGAGAAAUCUUGCUAUUUUUUAUAAAUGUUCAUAGACUGCCACUGGUUAACUGCAGUGUAUUUUUUUUAAAGUAUUGUGUAAAGCCAUUUAAUAGGCCUUUGCACUAGAGUGAUCAUUAUGUUGUAUAGAUUGCUUUUUUCACUUUACACCUAAUGCAGAAUGAGCUAUAAAACAUUUUAUUCACUUCAGUAUUAUCUGCAGGUAAGAUAAAUAUUUGUAAGUCAUUAUAUCAUACUUUAUUUAGGAUGAUGUACCUGCUAUAGUUUAGCAAUAAAGUUACAAAUCCCAAGCUCCACAAACGUUUUAACACUAGCUUUUAACUUAUAUAUUUUGUAAUUACGGUGAUUCAGCUAUGUGAACACCUAACAAAAGUAUUCAUGCUUUUUUUCCCCCGCUUAGUGUAAUUAUAAAAUCCUGCAACUUCUUCAUUAUCAUCGCUGAUGGUUGUGUUGUAUAUUUAUCUGCCAUUUUCUAAAGUUAUUAGAUACUCAUGUCACAUCUAACUUGUGUCCAUGUAGCAACAAUGCAGUUUGACAUUUUGUAUUAGGUCCUGAUUUCAACAAUAUUGCAUUUAUCUCAACAGAGACCCUGUUGACUACAGUCUCUCAUAAAUUUUGCAGCCUCAUGAUGAAAUAGCAACUCACUUAUUUAACACCGUUACGUUAUACAGAUGAUAAUGAAUGUGAUUUUCAGAUACCCGUUUUAAAUGUAAAUACCACUGAGAAAUGCGGUUUAUUUUGUGGCUUUUUAUAUAGCAGUGUUGCAUUUUGGGAGUUUUUCUCAUAAUCAAGUAAGUUGUAAUUUUAUAUUAGCUGGUAAGUGCACCCAGCAGUGAGACUAUUUUCUAUGUAUACCUCAAUUCAAUUCAGUGUUUUUUUUUUUUUAUAAAAAGUACUUUUUGUAUUUUUGCGGACUGAAAUAUGAAUGAAAAUAUGACUGAUCUAUGUCUUUGCAUAUCCAAUUGUGUUUGUUUAUUAAUAAAAACAAAUGUCUGACACCUCAAUAAUAA